CAUCUGUCGGCCAAGAUGGCUUCCUGAGCAGUGAUCAAUUUUAAAGGCAGCUGUUUAUUGAAUGCCUUGCCUUUGAUUGACUUGCAAUGAAUACUUAGGUUUAUUUCAUGAGAGUGUUAUUUCCAAUUGUUGUUUUUUCGCCUGAUUCCAAGGUGUACAGUUAACAAUGCUGGAAAAUUACCUAGUUCAUUUCCUGACUACAAGAACAUCUAAGGACAAUAUUUAAGAAGCAAGAUGUCUGUAAAAGGUGACGAAGAUCUUUCAAAACGUACGCUAUGGGAGAGAUUGAAGGAACCCUUCUACAAAGAAAGUACUAGAAUGUUGGAGAAUGGUGAAUCUGAAGAAGAAACUGUUUGGCAGAGAGUAGAAGCAUUAUUUGAAAUCAGACAGAGUGAUGAGCAUCUUGAUAAAGAUGGAUGGCAUAAAUUCUUGAAAGCAUGUUUUAAAUUAAGAGGCUAUGAAAAGGGACUUUGUCCAGAGAUGGAACAAAUAAGAACAGUCAUGUUUACAACAACUGUUUUUGCCUUUGUCUUUGAUGGUCGGUUUGGUUAUCGAAUAGUAGAUGACAGCUUUCAACGACACAACCAGUUGACUGUGUAUGAAUCUGUAAUGCACGCUCAGCAUCGCUAUCAUGCAUCUGUAGUUGUGGGAUUUGUUAAGUAUGGAUGGCACUGGGGAUGGAGAGCUGGUACCUUUGUGGGUGUUUAGAGCACUGGAGGCUUAUUGCAACAGACAUGAUGCACUGAAUUUUAUGGCCAGUGAAGGUAAGUCUGGAGAUUGAAAACACUCUAUUUGGUACAUACACAAUACUUAGUUUGUAAAAUUUGUUUUCUCAGAAUAAAAAGUCAUAAUUCGAUUAAAUCUGUAAUGAAAACAUUUUGUCACUUUUAAAGCAGAUUAUCAAUCAAGUUAAUUAAUUUGCCUCAUGAUAAUAUUUUGCUUUGAACAUAACAGCCUCAACAGGUGUUCUGCAUAACAUCUUUUCUGGGAGGCAUAAAAUGGCUGUUGGGGCAGCAUUUGAUGGGGAUUUAAGAUUGGCAAGUUUUGUUGAAAACAAAAUGAACUGACUGUAGUACUUAACAUGAUACAGACAAUAGAACAAAGUAUUUAGAAAAGUUUUAUUAUUUUUGCCUUGACAAAAACUGUGGGUCAUUUACUCUUUCCCCUCUAAGAGUGACUAACAUUUAAUAUCUCCUUACACUGUCCCCCCCCCCUGAAUCACACAUUGAGGUCAGGAGAAUAAAGGAAAUGAUCACCAACUAAAGAUGCUC